GGAAGGUCAAUGAGGCAUAAUGGCUUUUAUUGAGAUGUUCUUAUUUACCCAGAAUUUCCAUCAACUUUUAUCUUCAGAAAGCCAAACAUGCAUUUGUUUAGUUGAUAAAUCAAGUACUAAUCUGGAUAAACAUAUCUGCAUAUGAAUGCAGAAUCUCUAGGCAACAGGGCAAUAUUCUCGUAUCACAGAUGUUCUGAUUUCUGCUUAUAGCCCGAGUAGUAUUGAAAAAUCAGGUUUAAGCGGUUCUGGUUUAUUGCAGAGGUACAAUAAAUCUGAAAAUUGUGUGCAAUGUUUUUCUUUGGUUUCCGGGUUGAUCAAGAUGUUUCCUCACAAUGGUGAGCAACAGGCUUUGAGGAAAAUAUUCUCUGAUUUGUUGGGUGCGUCAGAGGUGUUACCCAAUCAGCAGUGAUAUCAACUCAUCUUAUUAAAAAGACUGUGCGAUUGCUUAACACAACAGGGUAUUCAAUGCACUAUUGUUCAUUUUUAACAAAUGUUUUGCUAAGUUUUGUCUGAAGGUGAACCUGCCCCAGGUAAACAGUGCAUGUUGAAAGCAAAUGAGGGAGAAAUUUGCACAGAACCCAUUGGCCUAGCUUUUUAUUAGCUUUUUUUUUGUGUAAAUGCAUUAGAUAUAACUUAAAACACCCACAAUAUCCACUGGCUACACUGGAAUCCAAGAAAUAUUGGCCGUCAUCAGACCGAUAGCCGAUAACCAAGGUGGAUUGCAGAAAAUUGAUCUGCGUCUAUUUUGAUUAUCAAUUCAUAAUUUCAUUAAUCAUUUAAUUUUCCAAGCCAAAAUUUCAAUAUUUCUCUGUUUACAGCUUAUCUAAUGUGAGGAUAUGUUGCCUUCCUCUGUUUUUAGCCUAUAUAAUGAAGUGAAUUAAAAAAAUUGAUUAAUCAACUAACAGGCAGAAUAAUUAGAAAUGAAUCGUUUGCUGGGACCCUAAAAUUGUAGACAUUUUUAGCAAAUAUCAGCUGCAAAAGAUUCCCAGUGUGAAUGCAUGCAGGCUUGGGCGGGAUGCUGCAGAAUGAUCCACCCCCACCUUGAAAAUAUUGCAUGUAUUCUUCCUAAAGGUCUCUGCAGUGCACUACCGUGUCGCCUGUGAGAUACAUCAUCUGAAUGCAUGGAGGCAACCUGUGGUGAAACUUCCAAGUAACUCGUGUUGUUCAGUGCAUUUGAGGACAAGCAGUACCCAAUGAAUGAGCGGCUACUCUGACGAUACUGCCGAGCGCUGCCGGUCGACACGCCCCCAGCAUGGAUACAACCAGCAGGAACAGGCGCUCAGGAGACACACUCACUAUGCUAGAGUGUUUGAAGCCGCGAUGGGAGUUAACACAUCCAAGUUUGUAGAGGUCCUGUCACCAGCGUCGUUGCACUAAACAAAGACUUUGGGUUUCUUUUCUUUUUUUUUCUCCGAGGGGGCUUGUCUGCAUUUUUGUCCGAGGCGUUUCUCUCACAGGAUGUUGAUGAUAUUGGAAAGCCGGGUAAGAUCAUAAAGUCAGUUCUCUCUGAUGAGAGCGACCUCCUCCUCCUCACCACCAACACACAAAGGGAACCACGGAACAAGUUCUUCUCACGCCAUCAUUUUUAUUUUUUGAAUGUCACUAAGAAGCAGAGGGGGCUGUUUCAAAGACAAAAUGGAUCACUUUGCAGCAGAGUGCCUUGUUUCAAUGUCCAGUCGUGCAAUUGUUCACGCUCCUAAAGGGAAUAGGGAGAUUAAACCAGAAACCCCGUCCUCCUCCAGGAACGGAGAGGAAAUUAAAGAACCUUUGGUGAAAGAUAACUCCUCUCUUUUUGUGGUGGCGCGGAUUCUGGCGGAUUUUAACCAGCAGACUCCCAACAAUGUUGCCGAGCAGGCAAAAAUAAAGGAUGAGAGCAUGCCGAACCUCAUAGAUGAUGGAAACUCUGCCACACCUACCACCAUCUCCGAUCCUUCGCUCAAACAAAGAGGCAAAAGAUCGCGAGGUCGAACUGAGCAAGAAUCACCUCAGAAAAAGCACAAAUGCCACUAUUCAGGUUGUGAAAAAGUUUAUGGCAAAUCUUCCCACCUCAAAGCCCAUCUAAGGACACAUACAGGAGAACGGCCUUUCCCAUGCACCUGGCCCGACUGCAGUAAGAAGUUCGCCCGCUCCGAUGAGCUGGCCCGCCACUACCGCACCCACACCGGGGAGAAGAAGUUCGGGUGCCCGCUUUGUGACAAGCGCUUCAUGCGCAGCGACCAUCUCAUGAAGCAUGCCCGACGCCACUCAGAUUUUCAGCCCAGCAUGCUGAAGAGGCCCCACGGCAGCAGCGGCGGCAGCACCACACGUCCCAGCUCCCUCAGCGACUACAGCCGCUCGGAUGCCUCCAGCCCCACCCUCAGCCCCGCCCUCAGCCCCGCCCUCAGCCCUGCCCUCAGCCCCGCCAACUCGCCUUAAACUGAAACCCAGUCGCACUUUCUGCCUCUGACCUGCGAGGCCUGUGUUUUUGUCAUAACACUUGUGUUGCACAGUUGUCAGCAACUCCCCCUUUGCUAUUCCUGCGCUUGCUGUGGUGUACCAUACUGUACAUAACUGCUUAUUGUAGUGCAAUUACUCGUGUGAUCCUAAAAGAAGGUAAUGCCUUUCCCAGAUGGCAAUAUUUACAUUCUGUACCAUAUGUCUGUAUUUUUUUAGCUUCUGAUCAUGGCUAGUUGUCCAAUGUAUGUUCGCAGUCAGCUAAACAAGGUUUAGAAGAAGAAAAAACAGACACCCUGACAAGUCUUAUCAAAAAUUGGUUUUUCUUUGUUUAUUUUGUUUUUUUGAGCGGGUGAGGAGAAGGGGUACACACACACACACACCUCAGGAUUGAAGACAGUUGCUAUUUCUGUAAUACCACAGUACUGCACAGUACUCACAUUGACUGCACAAUAUACUCAUCACUUUACUCUGAAAUUCAACAGGGGUUGAAUUUUACGCCCUGCUCAGGUAUGGCCUUGUUAGCUUGAAAGAAUGAACAUGGUGAAGAGAAACAUACAGUACAUAUAUAGCAGCCUUACACUCAACACAAUUUGCACUCUUUGUUUUUUUGUUGAUUUUUCACGUUUUCGAGGAAACUAGCCCUACGGUCAUGCGGUCAAUCGUACACAGAACUCAUGUGCGUGUGUCCUCGGGGGGUUCAUAUGUAAUGUACUCGCUGUGUGUUAACAAAACGAUCCACAAACCUCCACCUCAGUAGACAAAAUACAUCUGUUCCUCCACUGCAACUUUAAUAUUCAGUUGCCAUCACACUGGGUUAAAUAUGUGUUUCAUUACACAGCGGUGUGCAGUAUAUACUGUGUAAAUCUGCAUUGUGGAAGGAUUCUAUUGGGUUAUUAUAAGUUAAAGUAACUUUAGAACCUUUAAAUAGAGACAGUAAAGUUUCAAAGCAGCUGUUGAUGCCUUUUUUUUUAAAGCGCUGUAUCAUCACCCAGUAUUUCACUCAAAAUGGACACAAAGGGACUUUAGUUGAAACAAUGUUUAUCCCUCUCUGAAGCACAUAGGAAAAAGUACCAAAGACAAGAGUGAAUGAAAGCUUUCUAUUCAGUCUUGUAAGCCGCCCUAUAUUGAGGCCUGGGGCUGGUGGUUGGCAGUAUCACAGGUAGAACCAGACAGCAAGCUCACUUCCCUCCUCCUGGCUCUGCCUUUUGCAGCCUCCCUGGAGGAAACAGCUGUAUCCCACAAGAAGCUAUUUACAGCCGCAAGAGGAGUGCUAACAUGCCAUUCCUGGGGAGUCCUCCUGCACUCAUCUGGCUCUACCUGUCCUGUCAGAGAGUGGUGAAGCUCCAGCUCUUCCAAAGUGCAUAAGGUGGCCUAACUUUUGUGUGUGUGUGGGGGUCAGAUGUAGGCUAGAGUGUUGGGGCAGAGCCGAGUUGGGCAGGUGGAGCACAGAGUGAACAAAAGCAGCUAUCUGCAAUAGACAGACAAGAGAGGGCAGGUCACGAUAAAAGAGGAGAGGUUUAUCAUGAGCUAAGCAGAACAGAGGAGGAGACACCCAGUCGCAGGCACCCACGUCUCCUCCUCCUCCUCCCUCCAAGCGUGAGCAGAGAAAUGGCUGUAAUUAGCAGGUUGAUCCAACCUGUAGGAUAAGAGUAGAAAGACAAGUGUAUGAACAACAGUACUACCUAGACAACGCUAGCAGUGUGGGUGGGACGUACCACACUCCAUCCUAAGCACAGGGAGAAAUCCUCUACUACUGCUGGAGAGUCAAAUUUCACAAUGCCAAGGAAAAUGUCGCUCCAAAAUUCAUACGGAUAAGACCAGAGCUCUCAAACAGCUGCUUUCAAACUUCUCUCUCGCAACAAAGGGGGGGCUUUUAAACUGUUGUAAAAACAUUUGAACCAAAACGAACAUAUCAGCAAAGCGCAGCGCUCAACAGCCUCACGUCGUCCUCCCUGUGAAGCUCAGAUGUCCUGUGAGAAAGCUGACUUGUGUUUCUAGACAGACAUGCCUCAAUAAGUCAGGCAAAAGGCACAGUAAACCUUCCAUGGAAGCGGGCACCACUAUCAAAACUGCUGCAGCCCCGCCAGUCUGUGUUAUGCCUACAUUUGCUUUUAAUGCUUCAGGCCGGAAAUAGUUUCAUCCAUGUAUUUGGUCCUGUCAGAUCCCUCCAGACUGUUGUCAUCGUAAAAUUGCAUGCGCUAGCUUCUCUCUACCAGCGACUCUUGCCCUGCAGUCCCGUGCUUCACACUAUAUGCAUGUUAACAACUGCGCUUUGGAAGCGUAGAGGGCUUUUUGAGGCGGUCUGGCAGGUGUAAGUUCAUGAAUGGCCGGCCUUGUCCCUCGUUCUCCACAGCAGCCAUCUCUCUUUAAAGUUGUGAAGAAUCAGCUCUGUCACAUCCUCCAGAAAGAAAACAUCCCUUAUUUAGAUCGAAUGCAGUAGUUUCCUCAAAACACCACAUGUUCAAAAGGAAAAAAAACACCCUCUGUAAGAUGUUAAAAUAGUUUCCAGGCUGCAAGAUGACACUUUGAAUGCCACUGAUCAGCAGCUCUCUGUGAAAGAAGCACUGAGAGGGUUUUACCUUUACCAUUUCUGGAAACUUGAUUUUCACAAACAAAUUCUUCAAAUGGCUGUUGAGCAGCUUUUUGCGCUAUCUGUUCAUGACUUUUUUUUUUUUUAUAUAUAUAUAUAUAUAUAUAGUCAAUUUUUGACUUGGUUUGUAGUGUAACUUUCUCUUGCAAAAAAAAAUCUGAGUAGCUCACCCUCCAGCAGGUUUCAUGAAUCACUUCUUAAUCCAUAAUCUGCACAUUUACCUCAGGGUCGACAUCCGCCAAGCAGAUAUGGGACAGUUUGUGGAUUUUGUUUUAACAUCAGCUGCACAGAAAUGUCUGCCAGCCUCCCCCUUCCCCUCGUUGUUCCUGGGUGCUUUGUGCUCACUGCUGGUCAGUGUCCGACCACACUGGAAACACAGGAACACCUCCAUAUGGGGGCCCAGCUCCUGCCUAUAAUGUCUUCAUAACAUCCUACAGUCCUGAUACGCGCCUUAGUAAGCACUAGCUGCUCUGGAGCUCUUUCCAGCUCUUUAAACACACAUGACCCUUAGAGUCAGUGGACUUACAGUAGGCGACAGGAAGCUCCUACCAUCUGAAAAUAAACCGACUGUGACAGUGUAAACAUCCCAGUCUAUCCAUCCCUCCAGUCUGCACCAGUGACAUAUAGGCCUCCACAGGCACGAGUGUCUCAUAACUUUUAUUCUCACUGUACCAAAUCUACUUGAAUAAUUCAACACAAAAGGCCAUUGAACACAGUUUUGUACAUGUCCAUUUUUACUGUACUUGCUUUUGUUGUCAAAUAAUUAUUAACCUCUGUGGAGAAAGGUGUACAGUCUGAUUUAUUUUGUUGUUGUUUUUCUAGAUUUUUCCAUUGUCUUCAGGUCAUUUCAGCAAGUCUUUCGAAUAUAUCACAGCAUUAAGGUUGACUGUUUUUGUUGGGCUGUUUAAAGGCGCCAUAUUUUGUUAAAAAAACAAACACAUUUUAUCCCUGUUAAUGGGGCCCUUUAAUCAGAAACAUUUAAUACUCUGUUGAUGUCAGGAUGCAGGUUAUUCCAGUUAGCCUGUUGUCCAAAAAUUCCACCAUGUCAGAAAAGGAAAGGAUUGUUGGGGUGACGAUAAGAAAAAGGAAACCUCCUGACCUCUAUGUUCGACAAUUUCAGAUGGAGUGACUCAUUUUCUUUAUUAUUAUUUAGAUUUUUUUGAAAGUUUUCCAUAAGAAUAGAGACCACAGCAUUGUGAGUUAGCAAUGUAGUCAUAAUUUUUAUUAUUGUUUUUUUUUGUCUCAUAUGAAAUGCUUGUAUAUUUUUCGAAAAUCAUACCUCUUGAAAUAUUUGACUUUUGUUUGUACCUUCAUAUCUUUUCGAAACAUCCAUCAUGUAGCUUACGUUUGCUUGACGAGUAGCACAAAUAACUGGUGGUUUUAUUUUGUCUACUUGAAUGAAGAAGGAAAGAAAGAAAGAAAGAAGGAGACUUUUUUUCUGUAAAAAGAAAAAACAAAAAAACACUGGGCUACAUUUAUAUAACCAUCCCAUGUUAUCAGGGUCCUGCACAUCCUUGUAGAUUUAAAAAAAUAUCUUUCCAGGAAAUAAUAAAACCUUAAUAUUUUAUUAUUUUAUGUUACAAAAAUAUUUAAAACACCCCUUCUCUACUGAGCUCCAUAUAUUUGUCUUAGUUUAAACAUUUUCUAUGUGAGGGAUGAUGUCAGAUGUAAAUUACUAUGAAACUUCACUUCAGCAUUUUUUAAUCCAACUUUACGAUUGUAAUCCCGGUAAGAUUACAGUUUUCGACAUCUGUCAGAGAAAAAAGGACUUCAAGUAAUGACAAAAUGGAAAAACAAGGUUUCUACAAGAUGCUAACAGUGUACCGGUUAAUAUGUUUUCUGCUAAUUGUAAAAAAAAAAAAUCUAUAUAUAUGAAAGUGAAUUGGUUGUUGCCUAGUAUGUAAAGAACUAACAUUAAUCUUAUUUUAAGAAAAAUAAUAUUAAUUACAUGAAUAUAUCAGUGAUCCAACAGUCUCAUCUUCAUGACUGGUCUCAGCGUACAAGCAUGGUCGAUGCAAUUGUGUGCCAAAACUAUAAUGGUAACUUCGUAAUGAUACAAAAGUUGAGGGUAAAAAAACCUAGCUAUCAGACAUUUAACAAACGUGUACAGUUUUAUAAAGUGUGACAUGUUUUUAUGUAAUGUACAGGAUUUAAUGAAGCGACUCUGCAUAUUUGAUAUGCAAGUGCUCUAAGUUAAAUAUUUCUUUUCUGCUUUAUGUAAACAUUUUUGAUUGUGUAGCUUUGUUUUCAUUUGGUUCUUGUUAUUUAAUUUUUACUUCUUUUUUUUUUGCUGUACAAUAUUCAAGCAAUGUAUAAUGGCUUAUUACAGGUAUUUUUUUUUGACAAACAAUCUUAACGCCCAACCAUUCCAAAGGAUUGAAAAAUUGCAUUUGCUAUAAAUGUGCUGCUUUCAUGGACCCGAUGCAUUUUUGUAGGUUAUGAAUAGAAAAGUCUGUCUUGACUGUGAGGUUUUACACGUUGUGAGUUGUGCACAAGGUACGUUUCUCAUUGUCAACAUUUCCCAGGUUUAAUCUCUCCUUUCUCCUCUGCGGGCUCCUUGUGUAGGCUAAGCCAAUUCGAAUGAACAACAUACAUGCAAUAUUUUUAAAGUAUUAUUAUAUAUAAUCUCUAAAAAAAAAUUGAGGACAUCCAGAGCAUGUCUUCCCCCAUGACAAAGGCCUGAGGGCUGGGGAAUGUUUUAAAAGGCAGCCCUGAUAGGAGAGAGUGGUUCUUGGGCAGUGAGAAGGAGCUCAUCAAAUGCUCCAGUUACAAGUUGUUACCAAAGGCUUUGAAGGGAAAGAUGAAUGUUGCAGUAAUCUUAAACCCAACUCGGUUUGGGUUCAACUUUACAUGCUGUAAGUGUUGAUCAAUGGAUGUUGUGCUUGAUAUGGACCUUUUUCUACAUCUCGAAUAAGCAACUUUUUUUCUCUUUUUGAAAAUCACUUGAAUGAACAAAACCUGUUUAAUCAUAUGAGCAAACUAAUUCUGACUGAGUCAAAAGAAACAAAAGAGACUGAGUGAGUAGGAACGUGUAGCGUAGCGGACCACAUCUGUCUGUACCCUUCACUGACCAUGUGGUCUCGCAUGACUGCCUGAACGUACACUGUGCGGCAUUUGCUCUUUACUGUAAAAAUGCCCGCUGACUAAAAGUCUUUUUUGCUCAAGCUUUGGAUAGUUUUGCCCUUAAAGGUUAUGCAGCAUACAGUGCUGUUAAAUGACCUCCCUUUAAUUACAAAGAGAGCCUCUCACCAGCCUUUUGGUUCUGUUUCCUGUACCUGUUUGUCCUCAGUUUACCUCCUCAGUGUAAUGUUGCUCUCUUGAUACCUCUGUGUGUUUCUCCUCUGCCCAUCACCAUCAGUUGCCUGUUGUAGUGACUCCAUGGUGCUGCUUCCCCUUUCAGCACCAGUAUAAUCUAAUCUGUAAAUAACUCUUGACUCAGCUAUGGCCAGUACAUUCUCUAUGACCUCACUCUAACCUCCAGGUGUCAUUUUAUUUUUUCUCUCUCAGUAAACCAAAAUCACUACAUUCAAGUAUUACAGUUGUACAGUUCCUCGGAUUCUACACACAAUUAAUGUGCUGGUCUUAGCUGCUCUGCUGUACCUUUUUAUGGCAUUAUUUUUUACAUGUUAGACGAUAUAUUGUGACCAUGUCCUAUGCAAAUAUGAAAAAUAACAGAUUGUUGAAUAAUGUAUGUUGUCAUAACUUGUAUGCAUGAAAUAGUGAAGUUUACAUUUGGAAAUAAAUUCAUAAAAUAAGCA